GUCGCUGUGCUGGUAGAGUGGAGGUUUAUUAUAGUGGAAAAUGGGGAACAGUGUGUCAUGAUUUUUGGGAUUUAAAAAACACUGCAGUGGUGUGUAGAGAGCUGGGUUGUGGCGAUACUUCACAUACAAUGCGUGCUGCUCCGUUUGGACCUGGAGCAGGAAAAAUCUGGCUGGAUGAUGUGAGAUGUAGUGGAUCAGAGUCCUCAAUAUUUAAAUGCUUAAGAAGAAAAAUUGGUGAACAUAAUUGUAGACAUACUAAAGAUGUUGGAGUUAUCUGCUCAGGCAUCAGGCUGGUUGGAGGUUCUCGCUGUUCUGGAAGACUAGAGGUUCCUCAUGGGAACACAUGGAUGUCAGUGUGUGCUGCUGCCUUUGACCAGCAGGAUGCAGAGGUUGUGUGUAGAGAGCUGGGCUGUGGGGCUCCUGUACAGGUGCUGGGAGAAGAUGCUUUUGGAAAAGGAGAUGCUCAGAUGUGGACACAAGAGAUUCAGUGCAGAGGAGAUGAGUAUCAGUUUGCUCUCUGUCCAAUGUCACCUUCACACAAUUGUUCCUAUGACAACGAUGUGAGCGUUGUAUGUGCUGAAACAGUGCGAUUAGUAGGUGGUAAGAGUUCCUGUGCUGGUAGAGUGGAGGUUCUUCAUGAUGGUCGGUGGGGAACAGUGCGUGAUAAUGGCUGGGAUAUAACUGAUGCUGCAGUGGUGUGUAGAGAGCUGGGAUGUGGAGAGGCUUUAAGUGCACCAAAGAGAGCUCACUUUGGAGAAGGAUCAGGAAAAAUCUGGAUUUCUGAUGUACAGUGUACUGGAUCAGAGUCUACAUUGAUGAACUGUGGAUUCUUUGGAUGGGGAGUAAAAGCUAAUCAUACUGAAGAUGCUGGAGUCAUCUGCUCUGGUGUCAGGCUGGUUGGAGGUUCCCGCUGUUCUGGCAGAGUAGAAGUGCCUCAUGAUCGGUCAUGGGUUUCAGUGUGUGCUGCUGCCUUUGACCAGCAGGAUGCAGAGGUUGUGUGUCGACAGCUGGACUGUGGGGCUCCUGUACAGGUGCUGGGAGAAGAUGCUUUUGGAAAAGGAGACGCUCAGAUGUGGACACAAGAGAUUCAGUGCAGAGGAGAUGAAUCUUAUAUAUCUUUGUGUCCAGCAUCAUCGAUCAAAUACAACUGUACACAUGAGAAUGACAUUGGACUACUGGUCAAUGGUCCUGACAUCUGUUCUGGUCGAGUUGAGCGUCAGUACUUCAGUAAAUGGGGCACAGUGUGUGAUGCAUGCUGGGAUAUGAGAGCUGCCAGUGUCCUCUGUAGACAGCUGAAUUGUGGGAUUGCUGUGUCUGUUGUGGGAUUAGACUGGUUUGGAGAGGGAAGUGAUGAAAUCUGGGCUGAUGUGUUUGAUUGUGACGGGAAUGAAACAAAACUCUCAGAAUGUUCCAUCUCUUCAUGGAGUCGAGCUGAAUGUUCUCAUAGACGAGAUGUUGGAGUCAUCUGCUCUAAUUCCUCUCUGGCUGUUCAUGAUGGUCUGGUGCGGUUGUCUGGAGAGAGACAGUGUGAGGGGGAGGUGGAAGUUUCCAUCCAUCAGGUCUGGAGGAGAGUUCUGCUGGACUCCUGGAGCCUCACUGAAUCCUCUGUGGUCUGCAGACAGCUGGGCUGUGGCUCUGUGCUGAACUUCUCCGGCUCCUCUUCAUCCAGUCCUGAACACAGUCAUGAGUGUGUGACGGGCUUCCAGUGCUCUGGGAAAAGUGAAGCUCAUCUGGGGAACUGCAGCUCUCCACAAACUCUCAACUGCAGCUCCACACAACAGCUGUCAAUCACAAACUUUGGUCGCGGGUCCAUCAGGCUGGUGGGUUCUGGGGGAGACUGUGCAGGGAGGCUGGAGGUUUUUCACAGCGGCUCAUGGGGGACAGUGUGUGAUGACUCCUGGGAUAUUAAAGAUGCCCAUGUGGUGUGCAGACAGCUGCAGUGUGGAGUGGCCCUCAGUAACCAGCAGGUACCAGCCUGGUUUGGUCCUGGUUCUGGACCCAUAUGGCUGGAUGAGGUGGAGUGUGAGGGGAAUGAGACGUCCCUGUGGAACUGCUCUUCUCCAGGCUGGGGAAAACAUGACUGUCAACACAAGGAGGAUGUAGGAGUCGUGUGUUCAGAGUUUAAAGAGAUCAGGUUAACUGAGGGCUGUGAAGGGAAUGUGGAGGUUUUCUACAAUGGAUCUUGGGGAAAUUUAUGUUACAAUAAGAUGGACAGAGACACAGCGAGUCUGAUCUGUCAAGAGCUGAACUGUGGAAGAUCUGGCAGUGAACCCAUAUAUUCAAUGGGCCUGAAGUCUCAUAAUUGGCUUGAUAAACUUAAUUGUCGACGUCAUGAUUUCACUCUAUGGCAGUGUCCAUCUUCACCCUGGGGACUGAAUGACUGUGAUAAUGAAGUGGCCAAUAUCACCUGCUCUGAGGAGCAGAUUCGUGAAUCUCCUCAGAGUCUUCUGACAUGUUCAAGCUCACCAUCUCCUCACCAGAGACGGUGUUCAAAGCAUGUUCCUCUCAGACUGAGUGGAGGGGAGGGCCGGUGCUCUGGGAGGCUGGAGGUGUAUCAUAACGCUGUGUGGGGCUCAGUCUGUGAUGAUCUGUGGGACAUCAGCGAUGCUCAGGUGGUCUGCAGGCAGCUGGGUUGUGGAGCAGCACUGAGGGCUGAUGGGAAUUCAACUUUUGGUGCUGGUGAAGGUGUUGUGUGGCUGAACAGAGUCGAGUGCAGAGGGAAUGAGAUUCACCUGUGGGACUGUCCUCUCUCCCUGAAGAACCACAGUGACUGCUCCAAAAAAGAUCACGUGGGACUCACCUGUGCAGAUUUGUCAGUGUCCACUACUCCUGCCACAACAACAUCAUCUUCUCCUCCAGUUUCUCAGACAGUGAGCUCAACAUCAGUCUCUCCUCCACAAAUUCCUCCACAAACUCCUCCAGCAGCGUCUCUCUCUGUGCUUGUGAUUGUACUGGGAGUUGUGCUCUUACUGCUCUUAGUGCCACUGCUUAUACUGAUUCAGCAGAACAGAGUGAUGAGGAGAGGUAGGAGAGAUCCAGAGACUGUCAUAUUGUGUCUUAUUCAGUGUGUGAUCAGUCAUGUGUUCUCUAAGAGGAGACACAGGAGCACGACUGAGGCCGUUUAUGAGGAGAUUCAUCACAGACACAAUCACUUCACUCAGAGGGGGAGUCUCAUCUCUGAAGAACUGCAUUCUGGGUAUGAAGAUGCUGAUGAGCUUCUCUCAGAAAAAGAGUUCAAGACUGUAUAUUAUGAUGAUGUCACCAGUGAUCUGAAAGAAGAGAUGAUGAAGGAAAUCACACCGGGACACUAUGAUGAUGUCAUCACUGAUGGACUGAAACCAGAUCGUGAGACAGAAGACACACCUGAGAGCUAUGAUGAUGUCAUGACGAGUGGACAGAACUUUAAUAUUAAAAAAGUGGACACACCGGCGCAUUAUGAUGAUGUCAUCAUUAAUGGACAGAACAUUCCAGGUGUAACAGAGGGAGAUCAGGAGGAGUAUGAUGAUGUGAAGAACAGCAGUGAAGAUGAGAGAAACCUGUUGGAUUAUGAUGAUGUGGGGGAGGAGUGUUUGAUGAUUUCCUCUGUUGUGUCUAAUAAGGUAACAGUGAGUGUCAUUGGCAGCUGUGAGAGUCUCUCUCUCUUUAGGGGACUGACAGGAGCCAGUUUCUUCAGUGUGUUUGAGGGAGCAGAAGGAGAAACAGAGUCAAACAAACAGUGUGACGAGCAGAAGAAGAUGGAGGGAUGUCUGACACUCGUUUUACUCUCCUCUAUAGUCACUCUAACAACAUCUGAUGCUGAGACUGUUAGGUUAGUUGGUGGUAACAGUCACUGUGCUGGUAGAGUGGAGGUUCAUCAUGAUGGUCAGUGGGGAACAGUGUGUGGUGAUGACUGGGAUAAGACUGAUGCUGCAGUGGUGUGUAGUGAGCUGGACUGUGGAGAGGCUCUAGAGGCUGUGAGUCGUGCUCACUUUGGAUCAGGAUCAGGACCAAUCUGGAUGGAUUAUGUGCGCUGUAGUGGAUCAGAGUCAACACUGAAGAACUGUAGAUCAAGAGGAUGGGGUGUUCAUAUCUGUGGUCAUCAUCAAGAUGCUGGAGUCAUCUGCUCAGAUCAUAAACAUUCUAGGCUUGUUAAUGGAUCUCACUUGUGCUCUGGGAGAUUAGAGGUGGUUCAUGGAAAAACAUGGUACACAAUGUGUGCUGCUGCCUUUGACCAGAAGGAUGCAGAGGUUGUGUGUCGACAGCUGGGCUGUGGGGCUCCUGUACAGGUGCUGGGAGAAGAUGCUUUUGGAAGAGGAGAUGCUAAGAUGUGGACACAAGAGAUUCAGUGCAGAGGAGAUGAAUCUUAUAUAUCUUUGUGUCCAACAUCACAUCUCAAAUACAACUGUACCCAUGAGGAUGACAUUGGACUGUUAUGUUCUGGUUACACUGAUCUCAGACUGGCAAACGGUUCAGACUCUUGUUCUGGAAGAGUGGAGCUUCGGUUCCUCAAUGAUUGGGGCACAGUGUGUGAUGCAUGCUGGGAUAUGAGAGCUGCUAGUGUCCUCUGUAGACAGCUGAAUUGUGGGAUUGCUGUGUCUGUUGUGGGAUCAGACUGGUUUGGAGAGGGAAGUGGUGAAAUCUGGGCUGAUGUGUUUGAUUGUGACGGGAAUGAAACAAAACUCUCAGAAUGUUCCAUCUCUUCAUGGAGUCGAGCUGAAUGUUCUCAUAGUCGAGAUGUUGGAGUCAUCUGCUAUAAUGCCCAUGUGGUGUGCAGACAGCUGCAGUGUGGAGUGGCCCUCAGUAACCAGCAGGUACCAGCCUGGUUUGGUCCUGGUUCUGGACCCAUAUGGCUGGAUGAGGUGGAGUGUGAGGGGAAUGAGACAUCCCUGUGGAGCUGCUCUUCUCCAGGCUGGGGAAAACAUGACUGUCAACACAAGGAGGAUGUAGGAGUCGUGUGCUCAGGUAAACAGUAA